UACUCAGGCGAUUCGGACAUCAGUGUUUUCUUUCACUGAACUAUUGCUACCAGAAUGGAAUAAUAAAAUAAUAAUUCGAUAAAAUAUUACUUGUAUAAUUAAUAUAAUAAGUGGAUAAUAAACGCGGAUCAAAAAUGAAGUCGGCAUUUAGUCCCGAAUUAGGACGUUAUGGUAUUGCUGCCCGUAAUUAUGAAAGUGGUGAAUUUAUCUCCGAAGAAAACUUCUUUGCUAUUGGCCCCAAGCAAAAUAUACCGGUUGUGUGCUUAGGAUGCUAUAAACCAUUAACAUUUCCCGGAAAUGAUAGAUGCCUCAAGUGCAAAUGGCCAUUAUGCUCGAACUGUGCAGAAAGUCCCCAUCACGCUCCAGAGUGUGAAGUGUUCGUUACCGGAAAAGUUACAUUUCAAGAAGUGGAAAAUAUAGAGAUUGAAUGCAUUCAGUUAGAUUGCAUAAUGCCUUUAAGAGUCCUUCUUGAAAAGGAAAAACAUCCGGAAAGAUGGGACCGUGAGGUCGAACCAAUGGAAUAUCACGAUGAAGCGAGAAGAGGAUUUCAAGAAAUCUGGAAUGCUGACCUAAUCAACAUCGCACGUUAUUUAAGAGGACCAUGCAAACUUUCCCGUUUUUCAGAAGAAUUGAUUAUGAGAGUUGUGGGAAUAUUACAAGUGAAUGCAUUCGAAGCGAAAACGCCGCAAGGACAUCCCAUAAGAUGUCUGUUCCCACAAACAGCAAUUUUAGCUCAUAAUUGCGUUCCAAAUACAAUCAGAACCAUUUAUCCUAGCGAAGACUAUCGAAUCAAGUUACGAACUUUAGUGGAUGUUAAAAAAGAUGAACAAUUGUUCGUCUCAUAUACGUUCACCCUUGAUGGCACUGCUGAACGUCAGCAACAUUUGAAGAAUGGAAAAUAUUUUACAUGUAGGUGUGAAAGAUGUUGCGAUCCUACUGAACUAGGAAGCUACUUUAGUUCCCUGAUAUGUGAAGAUUGUGAUAGUGGAUACAUUUCUACAAUAAAUCCGUUGGAUAACUCUAGCGACUGGAAAUGCAACAAAUGCGAAUGCGUUAUUCCAUCCAGCAAAAUAAAUGCAAUUCUGGAUCCUAUACAAGAUGAGGUGGCCGUCGUUGAAGCAAUGCCUUACAGUGAUAUGCGCUUACAACAGACUGAACGAUUGCACCGAAAAUACCAUCAUAUUUUACAUCCUUUACAUUUCAUACAGACAAACUUGAGACAGAGCUUAACACAUAUGUACGGACGAGUAAAAGGAUAUGAAUUAGUUACCCUGCCAGAUUCUGUUUUGGAAUAUAAAAUCGAUUUAUGUCGGUUGGUAUUGAAAGUUCUGGAUAUUUUCGAGCCAGGUCUGAGUCGAUCACGAGCAACCGCUUUAUAUGAACUUUAUGGGCCAUUAGCACUUAUUGCACAUAAGUUAUACCUAUGCAAAAUGAUAGAUGCUACCAUAUAUAGAUCUCGACUAGGGGAGGCAAUCUCAGUAUUGCAAGAAGCUGUUACAAUUCUAGAAAAUGAAGACUCACUUUCGCCCGAAGGAGUGCUUGCGGUGGUUGGGAAAAAGGCACUAGAACAAUUGAGAGAAGCUAUGUUAGCAAUUGAUAGAAAUUGAACGAUAAAUAAAUCUAGUUUGAA